UGAACCUGCCAGCAGCCUGCAAGAGCAUGUCACGGUCACAAUUUGACGAUGUAGGGCCGAGAGGCUCAAAGCAUCACCCGGCAUCACUUGAACUCAAUGUGCUCUCCAGCACGCAGACUGUAUUUCCGGGCAGCACAUUGAGUCAAAGUGAGCGGCCCAUGCAGAGCACGCCCACUGAGAGCCAGCAAGCCCACUCUACGGUGAAGGCACAAUACAGCUCCAUGCCCAUAAGUUCUAUUUGUGGGGCAUGGACACUUUUCGUGGGGCACAGACUCAACAAGUUGCAGGGUCGAUGAUAUACUCGACCCUGCAGCUCGUUGAGGCGCUGCUGGCAUAAUGCUUAGCUGCAGCGCAGAAAAAUUACGUUUUGAGUUAAUUCAAUUCAGCACACCAAGCUAUGAUCGCCUUGGGCUUUGCCCUGUCAAAAACAUGGUGGGAGCUCUGUGCUGUGCACAUGACAUGAUGACCUUUUUCUGGGAUACAUAUCAAAUUUGGGUGUUCUUUUGACCUGUGCAUAUGCUGUGUUCCGUACUCAGUUGACUCUGGUCUGACUGCCGUACGGCGCAUGGCAUAUGCAUCGUGUCAUGGUUUGCUAUAAAUUUUGGCCAAACAAGAUAUCGGUAUUGCAUUGUGAUGAUUUCAUUGUAUGCACUGACUAAGCACAUUUGAGAUAUUGACCAAAAAUGAAUUGAUAUUGCAAUGCACUUCUUUAAUAUAUUUUUGCUU